CUUAUACACCUUAGAUUCCUUUCACUCUGCCCAGCCUUUACUUCAUCAAAGAAAACGGAUUCACUACAAACCACUCAACGCCAUUUGUAGUACUCUCCCACCUCUCUCUCUCUCUCUCUCUCUCUCUCUCUCUCUCUCUCUUCCCCCGAGGAUCCCGACGAAGCCUCUUGUGACAGCGGCCGCACCUUUUCCUUGUAUGGAUCAAGCCAUUGAGUGACAAUGUCCUUCUCGGGGCUUGAUAUCUCCCAGCUUUCCGACAAUGAAAAGUCGGCCCUAGACACCUAUAUCGCUGUAACGGGUCAGGAGCCAUCUGAGGCUAUUCCUUUAUUGCGCCGUUCACAAUGGAAUGUACAGAUCGCUAUCUCCAAAUUCUUUGAUGGGGAAGGUCCAGACCCUGUCGAAGAAGCUCGCGCAGCUCUCGAUACCCCCUCUCCUCGACCGAACCGUCAAACUCAAAAUCUCAUGACAGAUGACCUCGCCGCGGGGUUCUCUCCGGCUACACGUGCUGCUGAUCCGGCUCCUCGAGUAACUACCCAGCCAGAAGGACAACCGGCUUAUCGUCCACCUUUUAUAUUAGCUUUACUGUUUACCCCUCUCAACCUUCUAUACCGGCUACUGUACAGUUCCUUCCGCCUUUUUGGAGCUCUGUUUCCUUUUCUUCCCCGCUUGUUUAAUACAACGGCAAGCUCUGCUCUUCAGGGCGCUCGACGAAACACCAAUGGACGCCGGCCACUGGGGCCUCAAGAUACGGCUGCCAGAUUCAUUCGAGAGUUUGAGGAGGAAUAUGGGACCCAUCCGCUCCCCUUUCUGGAGAAUGGAUACAAUAUGGCACUAGAGAAAGCCCACCAGGACCUCAAGUUUGUUCUAGUGGUCCUUCUGGCCCCCGAGCAUGAUGAUACAAACAGUUGGGUUAGGGAUACUCUUUUAUCCCGUGAGGUGGUCGACUUCGUCAAUGACCCACAGAACGACGUCAUUGUUUGGGGAGGUAAUGUGCAGGAUUCGGAGGCAUACCAAGUCGCAAACUCUCUCCGGUGCACCAAGUUCCCCUUUGCAGCUGUUGUUGUUCACACUCCCAGCGUAUCCUCGACUGCCAUGUCCGUUGUCUCUAGGAUAUCCGGAACUACAUCACCAUCAGAGGUCGUAGAGAAACUCCGAUCCGCAAUCUCACAGAAUAAGGAACCUUUAGAGAGGAUUGGGGCCACUCGGGCGGAGCAACAGGCUUCCCGCAGUAUACGGGAACAGCAAGACUCAGCCUAUGAGCGUUCUUUGGCCAUUGACCGGGAACGAGCACGACAAAGACGGGAAGCUGAGGCAGCUAGACAACGGGAGGAUCAAGAGGCGGCGGAACGCCAAGCAGCGGAGGAGAAGCGGAUCCAUGAUCUUCAGCAGUGGAAGCGGUGGCGGGCACAGACUAUUCCUGACGAACCGAGCGCGGAGGUCAAAGAUGCCGUCCGUGUUAGCGUUCGACUGCCUUCGGGUGAACGUGUCAUUCGCAAGUUUGCACCUGAAGCAAACCUGGAAGAGCUCUAUGCAUAUGUUGAGUGCUACGAUAUUCUGCAAGAGUCACAAGAGAAGCCCACAGACGUUGAGAAACCAGAUGGGUUUGAGCAUGAGUACUGGUUCCGACUCGUUUCCCCCAUGCCCCGGGUUGUGUAUGAAGUCAGUGCUGGGGGGACCAUCCGCGAGAAGAUCGGCCGGGGAGGUAACCUUCUUGUUGAGCCGAUUGACGACGAAAGUGAUGGGGAAGAACAAGAGUCAUAGUCUCAUCGAGCUUCCUAUGGGAUGUAUUAGUACUGUUCAUAUUAGGGCUGUGGCGAAUUAGACUUGUCUCACUAGUCUGUGUCAAAUUUUAGUACGGUAAUAAUGACCACAAACGACAGUGGAAGUCUUACGAACUGUACACCGC